AAAAUGUUUUAAAGCAUAAAAGAUUUUGAUAGGUCAGUUUAAAUGGCAGCUAUAUACUAAGGUGGUCCGUGUAGUGUAGUUAGAUAAUAAUCUGUGCCAAAUCUCUUGAAGACACCCUGUCAAUUAAAAAAGUUUUUCAUACAAGAACUUGAGUUUGAUCGGUCAAUUUGUCUUAUUUUAUUCUCUCUAGAAGUGUCAAAUAUUGAAAAUAAUCUAAAUUUUAGUAUAAUACGUAAUUCGUAAGACAUUUCGUCAGUUAGUUGGCAAAGGUGCCCCAAACGUGUCUAUUAUUCUUGAAUGAAACUUUAAAAGGUAUUUCGAAAGCAGAAUAGAGUUGAGCCUCCCUCUGCCUAUAACCGUUUGAUAGCACAUUGAAUGCUUUCAAAACUGGAGAUAUACGUUUAGAGUUCUCCGUUGUUUUCCGUAUUGUUACUGGUUCCAAGGUAUUUGAAAGUACCUAUAACGUAUCUCCUUCAAUGUUGAUGCACGGAGAGAAAAGUUUGCUUAUUUAUGUAACUAAUUUAGACGGCCAGCUGGUUUAACACAAAUCCAUGAUUCAUAUAUUUGCUGUUUCCACAAUAGUUUUACAUGGCUUUUAGAGUGGGUUUCGGAAGUGACGACGUUUUUCGGACGAGCUACAUAUUCGGCGGCAUUUCAAAAGUAUUAUAAAACUACAUAUGAAUGGUUGACUCUGAUUCACAUAAUAAAAUGAACUAAAAUAAACUAAAAAUAUAUAAUAAAUAACUAAAAAUAAACUAUGAAUGCUUGUAGGGCACACAGUGCCAUUAGAUCUCAUUAUCAUAGUUCUGCUUUAUUAUUUUCAAAUUUUAUGCGCGCGAUCUUGACCUGAUUUUAGUUUUAGUACAGCGAAAAUAUCGCCAAAUUUACACAGCUUUUAUUUUACGAUUGCAGACGUGAAUGGCUGUCCAAAAAAUCAGUGACAGAGUUGCAGAAACACACAAAAACCAAAUAUAAAACUACAAUAAAUUAGACGAAAUGGAAAAUUAGUAAAAAAAAAAAAAAAGAAACUAAACAGAUGCCGGUCAAUAGGCAAAAAAAAAAAAGAAAAAAUUGUUGCCAAAAAGUUUUUACAACAAACAAUAGCGCAUUAAAGCUACUUGCACAAAUGUUUCUUGCAGCAACGAAGUACGCGCUAACAAAGUGAGGCAGGUUGUGGCUGUUGCGCAUGCGCAGAUGAGCAGCCGCCAAACCGCUGUGUGUCUAUGGCCGGUGCGUGGGUGCGCGUUGCUACGCACAUCAGCAAGCAAAUGGGCUGAAAUUAGCAUAUUACAAAAACACAAGAAAACACGAAAUUUGGCGAUUAAAAAUUUGCAAACUAAGCUGGUAUGGUUGUUGUUCAUGAUGGUGUCUGCAAAAAAGGGCAUUUUGCAAUAACUGUAUGCCAGCAACUAUGGCCAGAACGACUAGUUGAUUUAAUUCAGGGUUUGCGGCUUUUUUAGAAAAAUAACACGGUGACUGUGUGGGUUUGUUUGGGAAAUCCUACGCGUUUGCGCAGUAAAAUUUUUUAGAUAAGUUAGCGUGUUGCUGCGGGUGGGCGCUUAGUGCAAAUUGCAAACGAGACGUGAACACUUCAUGCGUUGAUACAAACACGUAAAUCAAAAGAAGAACGACAACAAACGAACGUAGUGAUAUAAAACUAUUUUAAACAGCGUGAAAAGAAUAAUAAAUGUGCAAAAGGACGAACGAAUUAAAAGUGAAAUUUAAAAAUAACUAACCGAUAGAACUCUGAAGUCAAAAAGGACUCUUGAAAAAUGUCAAUGUAAAGUGUGUACUUUUAAAAAAAUAGAAAACAAAAUGUUCACGUUACACCGGUUAAUAUUUAUGCGUGCGCUCGUGCUAUUCACGUUCUUGAUGCUCUGCGAUUGCGCGCCACAAAGCUAUUAUUCCGCAAACUCGUAUUCAACUGGCUCAACAUCACCAUAUCGCGCGAAUCCUUAUCGGCGCGCCGGCUAUUCGCCUUAUCGGGAUUAUAACCGCGAGUAUUAUGACGCGCUACGACAACGACGCCUACGCGCGCUGUCCGAUAGCUACAAAGGCAUCUACAAUAGCGUCAGUGUCAGCGCUGGUACCAGCAGCAGCAGUGGCGACAGCGGUGGGGCUAGCAAAACACAACGCUACUAUUCCUCCUCACGUCUGCCCGCCUCCGCAGCGGCUAUAAGCGCUAGCAACAACAAUGACAUUGGCAGCACAACCAGCAGCAUUUAUGCGAGCAACAGCAAUAAACCGUAUAAUAGUAAUUACAACAGAUAUGAUGCGUACGCAUCUGAUAGUAAGCGUGUUACGGAUAGCGCUUCCAUCACAACAACAAAUAAGCAACGGAAUGCAAGCGCCAACGCAAAUAGUAAACCGCGCGUAACUAAAGCAGAUGAGCAGAAUGCGAAAUUUGCUGGUAUUCGAAAUCAAGAAGCUGAUGAGGAGAACACAAAAACCGUAUCGCAUUUAAAACGUAAGAAGCAACGUCGCUGCCUGCCAUUUGGACGCGACGCGCAGGGCGUUGAAGUGACACCUCCACCAGCGGAGCAAGGACGUAUACUUUGGGAUGUGAAUGUGUAUAAUAUUUAUGGUGGCGGUGGUUAUCCUCCGCCCAUAUAUGGUGGUGGUGGUUGCGGUGGACUUGGUGGCGGUUUGGGCGGUGUUGGUGGUUUGGCUAGCGCUUUUGCUGGUGCUGGUGGUUUUGGCGGCGGUGGUCUACUUUCGGAUCCGAUUGCUGCCGCUUAUGCGCCACCCAAUAGAUUGAAUAAUUUCCUACAGCUAUUUGCUCCUGGCAUAUUGCAGAAUGCUUUAGCGGCGACAGCGCGUCCAUCCCUACUAAGACCUCAAGCCGAUACUGGCGCAGGUGAGGCUAACGAUUUGGCUAAUGAUCCUGAAGUUGAUCCUGCUUACAAUCCAGUCGCAGCCAGGCCACCGCCGGUAAGACGACCUAACAGGGUUUACUAUGACUCAGCGGGGGCGGUAAGUUCGUUAAUAUGCAAUUUCUCUGCACAGAAAUGUGACGUAUAGUUUAUCAUUUCAGGCUCCCGUAACACCUGCCCAAUUGGUCGGCGGUGUAGCCACCACUGUGAAUGGUAUCAUACAACAACUAACUGGCAAUGUUCAACCGGUUUAUCCUGGUUAUAGGUCGCUAAGUUAUGGAAAGUAAAAAAGUUGGAAAAGCCACAGAAAGCGCUAAGGAUGUUGUACUCGAAUAUAUAUACAUAAUUUUUAGUUUUAUAUUUAUUUUAGGCUUAGUUGUACGAUAAUUCUAUGUUCCUCCAAUAAAAUGUUUUUGUAUAUGGUAAAAAAAAAACUAACGUUUGUGGUUACUACUGAGCACUGUGUACUUUUUAUUGACAGAGUUGGAUUAAAAUUUUG